AUGGCAGGUCCUAGUUCAACACGAAAGUCGCGCGGCCGCAACUCUGAAGCAGCGGAAGCACCGACGCGCUCGCGCAAGGUGCAAUUCGGAGGAGCCGACGAGGAAGCUGACGGCGACAAGAGCAGCAUUGCCAGCACAUCGAUGGACCUCAACGCAGAUACCAUCAAGACCAUGAUUCAUCGGAGCCGAUCCAUCCUAGCUGAGCUCGGUCCGCAGCUCUCGGCUCGCUCCCCGAGCAAAAUGGCAACCAACGCGUUCGAGAUCUCACCGGACAAUCUCUCGCUGCACACACUCCGAGACCAGCUCCUCUCCAAAGCAGACCGCAGCAACCAAAGGCGGCUGUUCGGAGAUAACGCAUCGCCAGCAAAGCGCAGACGCAGCAGCAUGUCGCAGUUCGCCGGUGAAGGCGAGCUCGAUAUCAACUGGACCAUCUACAAGGAAUGGCCCGAGGGACUCAUGGAGGAGGAAAGGCUGUUGCUCGACUACUUCAAGAAGCUCAAGUUUAUCUACCUCGAGCAGGAGACCAAAAUGCGAUUCAUGGCCGACAUUCAGGAUGACCUCGAGUCCGGCAAGGAGGCUACCGUCUAUUCGGCCGCCGAAGUAGCCGAACGCGAACGUGUCGCCAAGACGCUCAAGACGCAACUCACCGAUGCCAAGGCCGAAGUGCGCGGCCUCAGGAAGGAAGUAGAUGCAGCCGCCGACGAACUGUUUGAGCCUUGGCACGAGGUGGAGAGGGACAGUCGUGAGGCCGAGUUGCUCAUCAAGGAGAUUGGCGACAUGGAGCUCGAGCUCGCCAAGAUCCGCGCUCAGAGCCACGGAAAGGGAGGUAGCGUAGCUGCCAUCGCAGGACGAGACGGUCCCUUGACCACCAGCGAGGCGGAAGAGUACUGCGACACCCAGGUCGAGGAGAUGACGGCAGUCGAGGCCAAAACCACCAACGUCCGAAAGGCGAUUGAGGCCACCAAGAAGGACAUCGUCUCGUCAUUGAGGGCACUCGACAGAAUCAACGCAGAACGGUCGCUCGCCGAGAAGUUUGCCAACGAGGCCAAGAUGGGCAUGGGCGUCGACGGCGGCCGAGACCUAGAGACCGAACGGCUAUGUGCCAGCCAUGCAGCCACCAUCAGCCUGCUGCGAUCGCUUCUGGGCAUCGACGAGAUCGAAGCCAUCUCUGCCAACGAGAUCCGCAUCACUUACAAGUUGCCGCUCGAUUCGAUUAUGAACACACAGCAGCAAGCAGCAGCAGCAGCAAAAGCGUCCGGUGCACGACGAAAGCGCAAGUCGAUUGCGAUGCCCGACCAGUCCCUGGUGCACGUCAAUCUGCGCUUCAAGGACGUCGGUGGUCGUAUCGACGAAGUCACCGUCACCUCGAGCAAGGGAGACCAAUACGACAUGCCCGAAGCGUCCAUGGCGAGGUUGCGAGCCUUGCAAAAGGCCAACGACGUGCCUUUAAUUGUGCAAGAGGUGCUUGCCGCCUUCUAG